GCACAACCAGUGCAUUUGAUUGCGCGGAAUGUAAGCAUUUAUUAGAAAAUGAAAUUUUGUGUGUCUUUUGAUUCUUAACUAUUAUUCAUCAAAAUAAUAUGGAACAUAAUUUUAAUGGAAUGUCUUUUAUAUAUAUAGUUCUCAUCUAGUGAACAAAGGCUGUGAAAUGCAAAUAAUGAAUUAUGAACAAAACUGUCAUUUCAGUUAGGAAUUCCUGAAUGGAUUGUCAGACUUCGUCAUGACGCUACUCAUUCUUCUCUGCCAAGUUUAGAUGUAUUGGCGACGGGUGCAAAAUGGGCUCUCAAUUAUCUCAGAGAGAACUUCUGGGAGUGUCAAACAAAUGAAGUUGUGCCUGA